AUGGAAGUUACCAACUUCGCUAUGCAGGCAAACAUUCCGUUCAACUUCACCCAGAGCAUAGCCUUAUUCAGGUUUGAUCCAACAUUCGACCUCGCCUACUCGAGCCCUUUGGUGGUCAUACCGAAGAAAUCUUGUGGUGUUCGCAUCACCGUCAAUUAUUGCAAGCUCAACAAGCUUUGUGCUUUGAGUCAGCUUCCGAUUCCUCGAGUCGAUGAUACUUUGGACAAGUUGUUGAAAGGGCGAAUUUACUCCCUUUUCGACAUGAAAUCUUCGUUCCACCAAAUCACGGUGCACCGCGAUACAAUCCCUUUGACGGCAUUCGUGACGUCUUCCGGGCUUUUCGAGUGGUUGAAGAUGCCUCAAGGCGGCAUCAAAAAUCUCCGCGGUGUUGCAUCGUACUUGGAUGAUUUGAUCGUCUUUGAUGACACCCUUGCUACUCGUGUUGGUACCAUGCGCGCACUCUUUGAACGCUUGUGUACGCACGACUUGAAACUCACGCCUCCGAAAGCUACUAUUGGCGCUACUGAAGCAGACUUCCUCGGACACACCAUCUCCCCUGACGGCGUUAGGCCUAACGGUGCCAAGGUUUCGGCCCUCACCAAAAUGCCUAUGCCCCAGGAUGUCAAGCAACUACGUUCCCUUCUCGGCGGUCUCAGCUACUACCGUAAGUUCCUCCCCAACAUGGCUAAAUGCCUUCGACCUCUGACUACUCUACUCAAGAAGCAGGAGAACCUUUUCUUCACCCCUUCCAUGGAGCAAACCGUUCGCGUAUUAUUAGCUGAGUUGGCCAAUCCUCCUGUUUUGGUUUAUCCAGAUUGGGAUGCCGUUUCAGACGGCUCGCGGCCUUUUCAUCUUUACUGUGAUGCUAGUCGCGAUGGGUUUGGUGGGACUCUCGAACAAGAACAGCCAGAUGGUUCCAUUCGCCCAAUUGUCUUCAUCAGUCGGGCUACUUUGGACUCAGAACGCCACUGGACUCCCCUCGAUCUCGAAGCGAGUAGCAUCGUGUGGUGUAUCAAGCGCCUUCGCGGCUACUUGUGGGGUACAAAAUUUCGCAUUCUUACCGACCACAAGUCUCUCGAGCAUUUUGCUAAGGUGGGGGAGAACAAUGCCCGCGUUCAGCGCUGGCUGGAAUUUCUUACCGCCUACAAUUACACUCUCGAGUAUCGCAAGGGUUCGGCAAAUGGCAACGCUGAUUUCCUCUCACGCCUCCCAGUCGCUGCGGCUGAAUGCGACCGUUCGGGUCGCAGCCGUCUGACCCCAGCCGAGUAUGAGGAGGCGGUGUUUUUCAUCCGUUCGUAUGGCCUUACCCCUUCCGGUGAUCGGGCCGCGGACCGUUUCAGCCGCCGUGCUGAUAUGUACGUGGUUACGGCUGCAGAAUUCACCGCCGAAGGCACAGCUGACAUCCUUGUCAACCGGUAUAUCCGUUUGUGGGGUUGCCCGUUGAGUCUUUUGUCUGACAAUGGCUCCCAGUUUUGCUCUAAAAUGUCCCAAGCCGUGUAUACUCGUCUUGCUAUCCGCAAAGUGGCUACUAGCUCGUACCGUCCCAAUGGAAACGGGGGUGUGGAGCGUGUCAACCACACUGUGGCUCAGAUGUUGGCGAUGGUUGUCAACGAACGACAAGAUGAUUGGAACAUUCAUCUCCCACACGUCGCGUUUGCUUACAACAAUUCCGUUAGCGCCGCUACCGGUUUAGCAACCCAUGAGGUUCGCCUGACCAACAUCGCCAAACAAAUCGUCGUUAUCGUGCGAUGCGCAUUGGGGCCGCUACCAGGGAAUUGGCGCGUGCUCAAGGGCAAGGUUUCUGGAUCACCUCUGCCGUCCGACUUCUACGUCGUCCGCUUCUUGGACGAUCCUGGACCUGUCAAGCUCGCCCUUCCCGAUGUUCGCUACUCUACCGUCGACACCGCCGUCUCCGAAUCCUGGUGCCUCCAAGUAUACAGCGGCAGCGCCCUAUUCAAGGGUGUUCUUCGCAACAUCGACAUGUCGCGUGGCGACGUUGUGACCGAUUCGUUGUCUGAUGACGUCGCGCGCCCAUCUUAA